AUUUUAACGAUUUGAGAUUGUCUCGAUGAAAACUCUUGCAUUUUUUGCAACAUGGCUCCUAUUUUCAACGGAUCUGGUGACGUCACAGCUAUAUCCAGGCUACGCGAACGAGAAUCCCGCGCAAUCACGCGAUUUGCGAGACUCCGCGAGCACCCCAGCUGGACCAGCGGGUUGCGUUUCGACUGAAGGUGAAGAAGGCAAGGUUCUAGACUGUUCUUCCGCCACUGACGUCACCCAGAUCACGAACUUUAUCGAAAAACUGACCGACGAAAAUGACCUCACCUUCGACAAGUUCAAAAUGGUCGAGAACGCUCACAUCAACCGCCUUCCCGCCCGUGUUCUGGGGGAGCUGAGAGUCCGCUGUAUCGAAGUGGUCUCCUGUCCUUCGCUAACAGAGGUUGACGGCGACUUCCUUGGGGCUUCGGAUGGCGCGGUCGUCGUGGUGUUCCUCGGCUACAACGCCCUCACUCGAGUUCCUGCGCUGAAGGCGGAAGGACUCCUCGCUCUCGACCUGUUUGGGAACCCUCUCGAGAAGGUCGCGAGGGAAGACUUCCAAGGGGUUGGGAAUUUGCAGAGCCUGGUCCUACCCCCGUGCCCAUCGAGCGCCAGGCUUUCCGUUCCUUGAAAUCCCUGAGGACCCUCGCCGUGCCCUUCCUCCCGCCCUCCUUGGCCUUGUCUCCGGGAAUCUUCUCCUUCGAUUCCUCGCGUCUUCAGGAGGUCUUCCUUCCGGGGAGUGACUUCCAGACCUUGCUUCCGGGGUGUUUGAAGGCUUCCCCCCCGGCUCCAAACUGACGAUGGAAAGCUACAGUCUCACUUCUCCUGCUGUCCUCUUCAACCUGCUUAGUCGCGGAGCUCACCUGGAGUUCACGGGCAACAUCACCUGUGGCUGUCAACAAGCCUGGAUCCGCCUGUCGCCUUUCCUCAGCCAGACCUCCAUCCCCUGUGGCACCGAAGAAGGCCGGACACUCCUACAGGACACGGAUGAGAGCGACUUCGUGACUUGUUGUACGAAUUCGUUGUAAGAUCCUUCUUAGGGAAAAAAAUAUUGGUUGUCUUUUGGAAUUAAGUUCU